AUGUCAGCACCGCCACUCGACUGGAGCGUUUGGCUGUUUGAGCCAUCGCUACCUCUGGCUAUCGUUGGAACAGUCGUAUACACCGCAGUGUUUGCCUGGAUUACCUACCUCACCUGCUUCAAGCAUCGGUCAUGGUAUUUUGUCUGCGUACCGAUCGGCGCGUCUUUUGAGGUCACUGGAUAUGCGAUGAGGUGCUACUCGACUCAAGCUCACCAGAACAUUGGUAUCUUCGCCACGAGUACCUCUUUGAUCGUCCUCGCACCGCUUUUCGUUGCCGCCGGCAAUUACCUCCUCAUUGGACGCCUGAUCCGUGCCGUUCUGCCCCCUUCUCGACAUCGCAUCUUCAAAAUACCCGCGAGGCUGCUCACUCGGAUCUAUGUCACUUUCGACGUUAUCUGUCUUUGUGUCCAGUCAUCCGGGUCGUCGAUGGCGAGCGCCAACAGCUGGAUCGGCCCUUUGAGCGACAUCGCCAUGAAAAUCUUACUUGGUGGGCUUGCCCUGCAAGUCGCAGUCUUCUCGACGUACCUCUGCAUUUUGAUGCGCUAUCACAAGUUGUCUCACGACUUGGCAGUGCCGGAUGCGCCUGCGGGAUGGUUCAAUAUCUUAAAGGCCGUGUAUACUUCAAGUUUCCUGAUCCUGAUCCGCUGCAUUUACCGAAUGAUCGAGUUCGCGGAGGGUCCAGAGGGGUACACCAUGAGACACGAGUGGAUGUUCUGGGUCUUUGAGGGCAUUACCAUGCUCGUUGCGAUCUCUGUGUUCUGCAUCUGGCACCCGGGGGCGUUUGUGUCCGUCUCGGUAGCAGCGUCCAAUUUGGACAUUGCAGUCAGAAGUGUAACGGGAGAUCCAGCUAGUGCGCAAGCUCUUGCACCAGCAUUGAAAGGAAUCGAAAAUGCCAUGGCACAAGCGCGUGUAGACGCCACGCAGAGUCAACCAAUAUCGAUUCCCGAUGGCCAGCUUCUGCAACAAUCCGCGGAUACUUUCGCGAAGAGCGUUAAGAUCAUGGUCAUGUCGUCGAUGCUCCAACGCACAGCCUUCGAUCAGCUUGGCAUGACUCCGAUGGUCCUCCAAUCGUUCAAGAACCAGAACCACUGCACCUUUUGCGUUGCCCCUUUCGCCGGGAACUCCGCCGCCAAUGGCCCCGGCCCCCGCUCCGAAUGCUCCACCGGCAAUACUCCCGCCCGCGGCACCAGCUCCAGCAGUUCCCGCCCCAGCAGUACCGGCUCCACCGACGGCCCCUCCACAGGAAUUACCGGCUCCGGCCGCUACUCCCGGCGCCACAGCUCCCGCAACACCAGCUGA